CUCCAAAGAGGGAGGCCAGCCACCAAACCAUGAGGAGCUGCGAUUCUCUACAACGCAAGGGUUUUUCCAACUGUUCAUAGCUUCUUUUACUUCUCCGUCACAACGGAAUCUGGCCUUCAAAUUUCGUAGAAAUUGAUUACGGUUCACCUUCGAAUUUUCAUAUCGACAAACUUUGUCUUUUGUGUAUUUUGGAAGACAAUUUUUAGGUUUUUCUGAGCUCCGAGUUUUCGGUAGCUCAAAAUCGUUGAAAAUGCCGGGUAAUAAGUCCAAAUCGGAGAAGAGUGAUGCAGAAAAGCAGUCGCUUAGAGACCCAUACGAGGUGCUCGGCGUUCCUCGCAACUCCACAGAUCAAGAAAUCAAAAGUGCUUAUCGUAAAUUGGCUCUGAAGUACCAUCCUGACAAGAAUGCGAAUGACCCUAAAGCAACUGAUAUGUUUAACGAGAUAACCUUUUCCUAUAACAUAUUGUCAGAUCCAGAUAAACGGCAUCAAUAUGACACUGCUGGUUUUGAGGCUGUUGAAAGUGAAGGCCAAGAUUUGGAGCUAGAUCUUUCAAGUUUAGGCGCUAUGAAUACCAUGUUUGCUGCAAUUUUCAGCAAACUUGGAGUGCCCAUAAAAACUACCGUAUCUGCCACUGUGUUAGAGGAGGCACUAAAUGGUACAGUUACUAUUCACCCGAUUGCUUUUGGGCAACCGGUUGUUAGAAAGGUUGAGAAGCAAUGUGCUCAUUUCUAUUCUGUUACAAUAACAGAGAAGGAAGCACAGGCUGGAUUAGUUUGCCGAGUGCAAUCCGCAGACAAGAGCAAGUUCAAGCUUUUGUAUUUUGAUCAGGAAGAAAAUGGUGGAUUGAAUCUUGCCCUGCAGGAAGAUAGUGCAAAAACAGGAAAAGUGACAUCUGCUGGAAUGUAUUUUCUUGGUUUCCCAGUCUAUCGAUUGGAUCGACCAUCUAAUUCGAUGGCAUCUGCGAAGGAUCCAGAUGCUGCAUUCUUCCAAAAGCUCGAUGGAUUUCAGCCGUGUGAAAUAAAUGAAAUUAAAGCUGGCAUGCAUACAUUUGCUGUUUAUGGUGACAAUUUCUUUAAAAGUGUAAGCUACACAAUAGAAGUUAUCUGCACAGCUUCUUUUGUAGAAGAAAAGGAAAGUCUGAGAGCAGUUGAAGCACAGAUUUUGUCGAAACGGUUGGAACUCUCGAAGUUUGAAAGUGAAUAUAAACAGGUUCUUGCACAAUUCACAGAGAUGACUAGCAGAUACGCUCACGAAAUGCAAGCGAUUGAUGAGCUUCUUAAAGAAAGAAACGAGAUACAUGCGUCGUACACAACUACAAGCCCAACAACAAAACGUAGCAGUAGUAGUACUAGUAGCAGUGGUCGUAGAAGUAAAAACCGAAAAGAGUCGAAAGAAGAUGGGCAUCAAAAGGCGUCGUCAAGGGACCAUCGAGGAAAGAAGAAGAAAUGGUUCAAUAUUCAUGUAAAGGUUGACAAGAGGAAAACUUGCUGAAUGGAAAUGAAAGAUGAUGUGAAAAGAAACUGCUGAAUGGAAAUAACAAAUCUAUAUAGCAUUUGUAUUCAUCAUGCAUUUGUGUUUGUACAUUUUGCUACUGUUGCUUUUAAGAUAGGAUUUCUAUAAAACAAGAGUUUUCUUUUUUUCUUUUGGAAAACUUGUCAUCUUAAUCUGUAAAUUUGUUAUGGUUUUUAUGUUAUUAUGACUUCAUUUUUGUU